AUGUUUCACGGCAACUUGGCCAGAACAAAAGAGGCAACUUUGACUCACACGCGUGCGGUAGAACCAUCGGGGGCAACACCUCGCUGCACUGGUCGGUCUUUGGUCCAGAUUCGCACCAUCCUCCUUUGUUCUAGAGUUGUCUCCUGCAUCUCGACAGCACCACGGGCUGCUAGCUACAAGGAGAAGAAGAAACAGACGCUCCGCUCAUUUCAUUCUGCAAUUUGCAGCAAAGGCGAGUCACCACCACCUCCACCUCCACCACUCGACAGCUCGAGUCCUCGCUCAGCAGCAUUCAACCGUCCAACAGCAACCAUGAAAGUCUUGGUUUUCUCGAUCUUUAGUCUUUCUGCGGCCUUGCCAGCAUCAGCUGGUACCCCCAAGUACGACGAGGACCUCGGCUGCUGGCCAAUCAGCGUCGAGCGUGACGCCACCUACUGCAUCGACGGGCCCGUCUGCAGCGGCGAAGGCUCGUCGCCUGCCGGAUCCUCGUGCCCUGUCAAAGGUGAUGUGGCGAUCGCCGACUGUGACUCGAAUGUCACUCGCGACAGUGUCGGCGACUACUGCGAGCUGUCAGUCGACACCGUCUGUGAGGUCAUUCACACGGGGGCCUGGGGAUGCGUCAUCCCAACAAACGACCACGCCGACUCUUAUGAGAGAGAGAGAGUUUCAGAGUGUCUAUUUACUUAG